AUGUCCAAUCGUGAUUGUCAGCAGAGCUUCGAUUUCACAAUUCAUAGCAGUCACUUGUGCACCGCGGGACUGGGAGGAGUGGGCACCUGCGAUGGAGACUCUGGUGGACCAAUUACCGUAGACCAGAAUAAUGUAAAGAUACAGGUCGGUAUUGUCUCGUUUGGUCUCUCCGAUGGUUGUCAGCGUGGUAUACCUUCGGUGUACACGCGACUGACUUCGUUCCUCAGCUGGAUCAACGCAAAUCUAUGA